GAGAAACAUCGACUCAAGUAAGCCUAGAUCACAUUUAUUCUGGAACCUCGGUUUAUUUUGAAUAUUGAAGAUGGAAUUAUAUUUUACGGUACAGUAAUUUUUUCUUUUUUAGGUCACAAAUACAAAAGGUCUGUGAACUGAGAGAAAAAUGUGCGUUUGAUAAAUAAAAAAGAUAAAGAUGAGUUAUUUGAUACGAGAAAAUAUUCUACUGUCGAUUCUAAAAUUAUUCGAGUUUCUUUAUAAAUGAUUUCCUUGUCACACCGAUAAAAUAUAUUUACGUUAAUUUUUUAAUUGAAUUACACGCGAGAGAAAUGUGAAAAAAUUACAGGAGAUGAAUUAUUUGAUCUCUUCACUGAGUUUUUGUCAAAUAAUUUUCGAAAUAAGGGAGAUACAAAAAUUCCGCCGUAACCUUUCUUGCAGCUUUCAAUUAGUUCUCAAAGAAAGUUCCCACACAAAAUUGAGCAUCUCCCUUAGUUCUGAAGAUAUGAUCUCCAUUUAACACUCUCGUCACCAAUUUUCUGGUAUCACACACUGGCCUUCUUUUUUGGAUAAAAAAAUUCAUUCUAAUUACGAAUUGAAUUAUUAUUUUUUUAAGCUUUGGCCCUUUUGGCACUAGAAUUGCUUUCCAAUUACAUCUAGUAUCCAUUAAAUCACCGUCAGAUCAAAACAAUUCACAAAAUGUUGAUCCAACGUGUCCUAGCUAAAUAUUAUCAUAAUAAAGUCAUAAAAAUGGGAAUAACGAUUAUUCAACGAAGAAAAAUCGGCUGCAAUACAUCUCUGUCAGAAUCAAGCCCCAAUUUUCUAGUCAUGCCUUCCUAAAUAGCCUUAGGAAUGAAGGUUGAUUAAUUUAUUUUCAAUAGCAGCUGCCUGAAAGUAAUGUUUAAUAUAGGGAUUGAAUGAAGCGCAUUGAAAACUGUAAAUAUUCAUUAAAAUGAUUUAAGAAAAAAAUUUAUACUUGAAUCGAAUUUAUUUAGAGAUAAAGAUUAACAUUUUUUAUGCAAUGAAAUGUAGAACAAUACGAAAUUACAGCAGAUUGUUCGUUAAUAAUUUUUUUUUCUGUAGAUAGAAAUUUUAUGACUCAACAUAUUGACUGAUAUUCCACUGUCGUUAAUAUUUAGUUGUACCUUUCAUCUUCUCGUCACGCUCUCUCCAGAAAAAUAACGAGUAAACGGAAUUAUUGUAAGGUUCAAUGUAAUAAAACGAGACAAAUAAAUAAUUUUCAUAAUAAUUAUUAAAAAAUGGAGAAUUUCACUACUAGAUAUUGACUCUUUACUCUUCCCUUAGCGAAUCAUGAAUGUGAAGUUGUUUCAGUGGUGAAACAGAUGAAAUUCGAUUACUGGCUAUUUAUUUUUUAAUGUGUAAUCAGUGACAGCAGAAUGGACAAUUCGAAGUACAAUUUGCGUUGCAAUCGUAUUAUCAGCGAGAGAAUGCUCAAGAAGGAUUUCAUAUACGAAAUAAAACGGCUGCCAGGGGAGAGAUGGCUUACUCCCCAGAAAAAUCCAGUGCCUGAGGAAAAUUCGAGGAUGACGCUCCAGGACACGCCAAGGGUUCCAUUCAGGUGCAAUUUUUGCGGUGAAUCUAUUGCGACUCUCAUGUCACUAUCGACCCACGUGAAAUCUCAUUUAAGAAACUAUUGUAGAAUUUGUUACUGGAUCUUUGAGAGUGCUGAAACUGCUGAGGAGCACGUGCGUCAGAAGCAUCCGAUUACGUCUAGUAAUUAGAAAAGUUGAAGAACGCAUUCAAA